GCUUAUCUGCUUGAGUUCGCAAAGGGCUUUGGUUUCAUUUUCAUUUCUUGCCACAGGCAUUAAGUUUCGUCUCUCUUCCUGCAUGACAGCUAGCCGUGACUAAAGAAGUGAUGGCUUUUUCAUUUGGAAUGUCCAAAGUUAACAGCACCCUUUACACAAUUGAAAAGAAGGUGGAAGCUGAAGAUGCUGCUGUGAAGGACGACCAAGAGGUAACCACAUUCCCCAAAGUACCUAAUUUUACCUUGGGACAAGCAGGAGGUUUCCUACAAAACCAGUCGCCGGGUAAAAACAGAGCCUCCAAAAAUGAAAAGAGAGAGGAUGCUGUGCUGCCGCUUGGCGCCACAACCUUAGGGAGUAUUUGGUCUCCUCCUCUCCCGUCCCCUUGGAGAAAUGUGACCUGGACCAAGGAAACUAAGGACACGCUGAUGGAGAUGGUGAAGACCUACAAACCGGCCAGCGACUACGUCUCUGAGGCCAGGGUUCUGCUGCUGGGUCCAGUUGGUGCUGGCAAGUCCAGUUUUAUCAGUUCGGUGCAGUCUGUCUUUUCUGGACGGGUCCUAAACCGAGCCAUGGUGGGAUCUUCCUCUUCCACAGGCUUUACAAAAAAGAGCAUUAAUUCCCUCCAGCUCCAGUCCUUCAGCAUCAGAGCGGGUCGUGAGAAAACGGAUGGCACCACAGCUCUGGCCUUGUGUGAUGUGAUGGGUAUCGGAGAGGGAGAGAUGACUGGACUGACUCUUCAUGAUGCACUCUGUGUCAUUCAAGGACAUGUGCCAGAGGGACAUCAGUUCGUCCCAGAGCAACCUGUGAAAUCGGAGACUUCAGGCUACAUAAAGAAACCCGGCCUCAAAGACAAGGUUCACUGUGUGGUGUUUGUGGUCGAUGCCUCAAAAAUCAACACCUACUCCAAAGUUCUGAGCUCCACCUUCCAGAAGCUCAGAGAACACAUCAGCAACCUGGGGGUGCAUCAAGUGGCUUUGCUGACUCAUGUGGACGAGGUUUGCAAGGAGACUUCUCAGGACAUCACCCACGUGUACCGGAGCUCCACUGUUCAGCAGCUGAUGGCGAAGGCUGGAGCGCUGCUGGGAAUGGCCACCUCCUACAUCGUCCCGGUGAAAAACUACUCAGCACAGCUUGAGCUGGAAGAGAGCACAGAUAUUUUACUGCUCACUGCUGUCGACCACAUCCUGCAGUACGUACAUCUGUACUUCCAGGAUACGGCCACUGAAUGCAAACGGCCGUUUGAAGCCUGAGAUCUCAAGACCUAAAUAUUUAAACCGAUUUUUUAAAUCAGUCAAACCAUACGGUGGUCCCAAAUUUGAAUGUGAAUAAAAGUAUGAAAGUUA